CUGUCGGGCUUUCCAGCAGCGCGGAACUCCCGCCACAUCGUCAAUUUUCGCGAGUUUUCCCCUUUUCAUGUUUCGAAAAUGGCAUUCGCCACGUUGAUUUUGAAAUUUUCCGUUUUUUGAAAAUUCGUUCAUAGCAUGGAUUUAUCGGAAACAAUAGUCUGCAUAUGUAUCGCAACCACUUGUGCUGGGUUCUUUAUAAAUCUGGCUUUUGCAUACAAGUUAUGUACCAGCCGGGUACCUAGAAACCCUCUGCUUGUUGGGUUGAUGGUGUCUGAUUUGUCCGUCUGCAUUAUUAGCUGUCCAGUCAAAACAUACAGGCGAAUUUAUAGGCCCAUAUUCUCUAGUUUAUCAACUUUUGUACUUCUUGAUUUUAUUGAGGAAUUACCAGCAUCAUGUGCAACGUUAUCUAUGAUGUGUGUUGCUAUUGACCGUUACUGCGUAGUGAAGAAAUUUCAACCUUUUAACAGAAAAAUAACAAGAGAGAAGACCUUGCCUUACAUCGUGGGACUCAUAUGGAUCAUUGCAUCUUUAAUUGUUCUUACAGAAGCAAUAACAUACCAUAAAGACUUUUCGUGGAUUUCCGUUGCUGUUAGUCUUAGGGUUAUUUUAGUUAACGUCCUUCCAAUUUUCACGGUUCUUGUCAGCCAUAUUUUUCUGCAUUCGAAUUUAACAGCUGUAUCCCUUACUGCCAGAGCUAGACAUGGCGAACUACCUUUACCAAUGCCCAUACUGCAAAGGAAAAAGCCUCAGGAGAUAAAGACCCACGUGAUUAUUGUAGCUGGCAUGUCCAAACACGAAGAAUUAGAAGAAUCGGACAGCACUACAGCCACGGAGAACACUGUCCCAAGUAACCUUAAAAACAGAAAACGGCUAGGCUGCUUUAUGUUGUUAAUUGCCGUUUGUUUCUUCUUAUUGUGGGCUCCGUUUACGGCAUGUCAAUUGUUCAGCAUAAUCUUUGAAGGAGGAAUGGACGAUGAAGUCCUGGAAUUGAUGAAAUCCAUCGCUUUUUUACAUUCAGGAUUAAGUCCUCUUUUAUCCAUAGCAAGUAUGGAUAGAGACUGGAGCAAAAGUACAUUUGCUGCAUGUCGAGGAUUAGAAGUGCUGAAUGAGCACAAAUCGCCAUCCUCAACCAAUGAAGACGCUCUAGGACCUUUCAAUCCUCGUUUCGUUAGGCCAAACAAAAAAGCCAACUAUAAUCGUCGUUCUUCUUCAGUCAUUAUAUACUAACUCUGUGAUCUCCGUACAAAUAAAACUCUAUACUAUUUCCCACAAGUCAACUUAUAAAUGUUAUAUUUUAUAUAUCCUCUAACUAGAUGUAGUUACAGAUUUUCUUGAGAUAUAUUAGUAUCGCGAUUACAAACAAACCUAAAGUUUAUUACAAAGCUGUACACGAGUUUGUGGAAUAUCAAUAUUCCACGAUACUAGUUCAUCAAAAAGUCCGGGUAAAGUUAUGUAAAAAUAUGCCAAUGAAAUAAAAAUUUUGCUAUAUAACAUAGUAAAGAGAUAUACAUAUAUUUUUCAAUUUUCUUUGUGAUAACAUUUCUUAUAUAUUUAUGUAUAUAUACAAAAGACCUCAACGGUGAUUAUGUUACUCUAUUAUGAAAGUGUAUUUUAUUUAGAGUUAUUAAAUCAAAAAUAUGGUCUGAAAGCUUUAAACUUGUAAAUAAUCUAAGGGAGAUAUCCAAAUUAAUAUUGUGAAACAUUACAUAAUCGAGAUGUUAAAUUUUUAAGGUAAAAUUCAGUGAAAAGUCCACAGAAGAGGACUUUUUACAUUAUUUUUAAAAUAAUAUAAGUAGAUGAUAAUUAGAUGUUUUAUAGCCAACUAAAAUUUUACAUUUUUAUUUAAUUUGGUCUAUGGCUGUGUUGAACCAUUAAAAAAAAUAUGUAUUUUUUUUAUUAACAUCUGUAUUUCAGUGGCGGAACCACGGGGAGGGGGCUUCGGGGCUCAAGUCCCCUCCUUGUGUUCAGAGCCAAGUAAUACGAUAUUAUUCAUU